GCUUUAUCAGCACCAAUUGUCAUCACUAGACAACAUACUGCAGACGCUGUCACUGUCACUGAUACUUAUUCAACAGCUACAAAUACUGUGACUGCGCCAACUGUUGAAAUUUUGGUUAGUAAUGGUGUUACUUAUACUUACACUUUAACUGAUGCUGCAUCAUUAGCUCAACCAACCACUUUCACAAGUGUUGUUAAUGAUAAUGUUGAACCAACUAAUGCUGGCCAAACAACUACAUUAUCACCAACUUCAUCUCCAGAAUCUCAACCAACAGAUAACAACAACAACAACAAUAAUAACAACAACAAUAAUAAUAAUAACAACAACAAUAACAACAAUAACAACAAUAACAACAAUAACAACAAUAACAACAAUAACAAUGGUGGUGAUAACUCAACUCCAGCUUCCUCUUCUCAAGAUUCAAACAACAAUCAACAAUCUCAAGCUCCUCAAGCUCCAACUGCUGCUGCCUCUUCAAUUGCUACCACAUCUGACUCUGGUAAUUCUCAAACCACUUCUUCAGACGAACAGACUUCCAGCUCAACUUCUUCAACUCCAACCUCAUCAGGUGGUAAACUAGGUUCCGUUCCAAGUGGUAUUGUUUACAGUCCUUACAAUAAUGAUGGUACUUGUAAAGAUAAUGAUGCUGUUAAAUCUGAUUUGAAAUUGAUUCAAGGUACUGGUAUUAAAACAAUUCGUAUUUAUGGUACUGAUUGUAACUCCAUCACCACUGUUUUACCAAAUGCUGCUUCAUUAGGUUUGAAAGUUAACCAAGGUUUCUGGAUCAGUCCAGAAGGUGGUAACUCAAUUGAUGAUGCUGUUGAUGCUAUCAUCAAAUACGGUCAACAAAACAGUUUUGACGUUUUUGAUUAUUUAACCAUUGGUAAUGAAGCUGUUCAAUCUGGUUUUAUUUCUGUUUCAGACUUAGUUUCAAAGAUCAAAUCAGUUAAAGGUAAACUACAAAGUGCAGGUUAUCAAGGUAAAGUUACCACAUCUGAACCACCAGUGACUUUUGAAGAAAAUCCAUCAUUAUGUACUGAAGCUGAUAUUGAUUUCGUUGGUGUCAAUCCUCAUUCAUACUUUGACAAAAACUCAAAAGCUAGUACUGCUGGUUCUUUUGUUAAAGGUCAAGUUGAUAUUGUUGCUAAAAUCUGUGGUGGUAAAGAUAUUAUUGUUACUGAAACUGGUUACCCACAUAAAGGUGAUCAAAAUGGUGGAAACAUUCCAUCUCCAGAAAACCAAAAAAUUGCUAUUGCAGAUAUCUUGGAUAAAUUAGAUAAUGGUGUUACAAUUUUGUCAACAUUUGAUGAUUACUGGAAACAACCAGGUGAAUAUGGUAUUGAACAAUCAUUUGGUGCUAUUCAACUUUUU